CCAAACAAUUCGCUUAUUUCAACAGCGUUUCGCCGAUUUUCUAGUCUAAGCUAAUUAUAAUAAUUCACCGCUAAAAUAUUAAGAAUGGUACUAUUAAAAAUUAUGCUGCUGGAUAUGUCAUUCUAAAGUCGAUCCCAAUAACUGCGGUAGUAUUAAUCAACUAGUAAGGCCGUCCCAUAGUCGCUAUCCUUACGCCUUUCGGAGCCUGCAGUUGUAAAACAGCAUACCUUUUCGUGGCCAUAAACUCACCCGAAUAAAAAGAAAUUAAAUUGUAAGGUCUAGGUUGUGUUAUGCAGGUAGGUGUUCCAAGACAAACAUCUUCAGGUUAGUUGAAAGUUGUCUAAUAUUAUAGGUUUCAACAUUUCUGAAGUAAAGCUACACGCUAUGGCAUAAAACAUCACCGACUAGAACACUGCUGUUUGUAGUGUGUUAGGCCUCGUAUGGUACCGUAGUAGCGUGUCAGGGGAACGCUUCGUAACGUACGAUGAUGCGCCUGAGGCAGCGCCGCUGACUCUGUAGGCGCUUGGCGAGUCUAUUUAUUCCUUAGAGCCGACAUCACAUCUGGCGGUGACUAACUGGACUUGAGUGCAGCAUCUGCCCAAGCUAUGAUAGCUCUACCUAUGGCACACUUCGUAUGCGUACGAGAUACGAGAGUGUCCGCUAACGCCGUUGUACGCUAUGGCGACUGUCGUAUAUUAAUAAUGAUCGGUUGACUUGCAGCGGCGCCAUGCAUCGGCCUUACGGCAAACGGGUCUCUAGACGAAGGAGCAUAGCACCGAGUCGCAGUACCUGAAACAUCGACGCUGCAAGGGCCUAGUCGACGCAAUAGGUUAGUUUUAAACUCGCUCAAGCCUUUACCUUCCCCCACUUGACGGACUGCCAUGGCAGCGUCCCUAUAGCAGCGAUGUUUGUAGCACGUUGACACAGAACAUAACGUGUUUCGAAGCUACACCCUAUUCUCGACAGUCAAUUGUCAAUAGUGUACAAUCAGGAAUGCCGAAUAAGGUUUCCACAAAGAUGCGGAUCGUCGAUUACAAUCAUGGAAGGAAGCUCCUUCGUAUGUUUAACAAACGCCGUCUCGACUCACAUCCGAGUUGUGAUUUGCGAAUACACAGCUGUGACAGUAAAGAGGCAUUCUCUGCCCACAAGCUGAUUGCGGCUGCCGCGUGUCCCUACUUCGACGCACUUUUGUCAUCGAACUUCGUUGACUCCAAAGCCGCCAAGGUGGAGCUGCCCUUCUCGAACAGAGUAAUCUCGGCCCUGCUUGAUUAUAUCUACAGCGGAACGGUGCAAUUUGACAACGCAAGUGCGCUGGAGCUUCUGUAUGCGGCAGACUUCCUGAUGAUAGACUAUUUAAAAGGGCCUAUAGUGAAUUUCAUUUGUGCCGAUCUGAAGAGUGUUUUUACUGAGCAAAAUAUUGAGUCAAUCGGCGUCGAUGCCUCUCUGGUAGUAUGCAAUAUUCUCAAGUAUUACGUUGAUGACGAUGAUGUGACCAGCGCCAUUGGGGACCUGCUCAUGACGUUAGAGGAAAAGAGUGUGGACUCAGACACAUUGGAUGGCGACGACAUCGUCGACCCGCUCAUGAACUCAACGAGACUCGGCUCGACAAAAAGUAUCAACUGUAUGCCGUCGAAGACAUGCGUGUUUCGCAUCUUCUCUAACAAGCUGUACAGCUUUGACGGAUUUGGCUGGUCCAGAGUGUUUUGUCCUGAAUUUAACGAGAAAGCGCCCUCGUUAAAGAGCUUUGCUGUUGUUGAUAAACACGGGAAGUUUCUUUACCACACACAGGAUGAACUGCGUAUCUUCGAAAUUGAAGAUUUGUACACUAACGGGGCUGCCCGAUCACCGAGUGACCGCUCCCUAAAACCAUUUCAGGAAGAAAUCCUCUCAACGCAAUCCAGCCGACUGUGCUUUUCCGAAAAUACAAUAAUGGCCUUAUUUACGGAGGCCAAUGAAAUCGAACAACAAAUCCACAUUUGGAACGACCUAACUCAACGUUUUCAGCCUUUUGGAGAUAUAUGGCCGCUGAGCAUUACAUAUCUAGACUAUAUCUUUGAGGACUCGGUCCAGGGUAAAUCGCGUUUGUUUGUCGUUGGAAAUUUCAAGACUCUCACGGGAGAAGUUAUAGCAAAUUCAGUCUUCGCUUUCAACCUAUGCCCAAUUACAGGAGCCCAUUUAUUGCUCUCCUAUAAAUCGAUACCUGUCCUUCCAUACAUUAACAACUCGUACAUUUAUCAUCAUUUUAACGGAAAGCUGCUAGCAAUUCCCCGAACGAUUGGCCGCAAUUUCUGUAAGGAUUUUUACAUGCUCGAUGAAAACUCCGCCACAUGGAUACCGUGGGAGGAAGCAAAAUUGAAGGUAGAAAACCGAACUAUAUUGGACGUGGUAUCAACUAAAGAUUCGCUAUACUUAAUUAUGAGCAACUUCGAUCAUCGCUGGCAGAAUGAGUUCGUGCAAUGGAACGGACACGAGUUCACAGACGUUACAUUUUCGACGAGUAUUCCCAUUGAGGGCAAGCUAUUGGAGAGAAUAUCUUGGAUCGAUUACAACGUUGUUAAUAAGGUCCUACAGAAGGCUAGAGGGCUUUGGCUGUAAAAUAACUGCCGUGUGACAAUUUCACUUUUUAAUCGUUUGCAUUUAACUUACAGAAUAUUUCUUCCCCAUUGAAUUACAUUCUAUCUCUAUCAUUUGAUGUGUACAAUACGCUAAAAAGAAUA